GCUCCUCUCCUUCAUCCUGCCCCGUUUCACUGCAUUUUUUUUUCCUUCUCAGCUGAAAGAGAAGACUUGGAAAGCCCGGCUUUAAACUAAACCAGUCUCCCGUAGGCUGAAUGCACUCAACCCAACAGGACACCGAGAAACAAAGCGUUAUGCAUGCGCAGUCGAUUCAGAAAACAGACGACAGAGAGAAAAUGUGAAGAUAUUGAGUUGUCACAGUGUUGAAGUAGUCAACAGUAACCGGGAAAGAUGGCGAGGACGCAGACUCGCAUGUUCCUCGCCUUGGCUUUGCUGGGAAUUCUCUUCCUCGAUGUUUCGGUGAAAGGAGAGCUGCAGGGAGAGCAAGAGGAGGAGAAAGAGAGGUCCUGUCAGGGCGCAUUCGACCUCUAUUUUGUCCUGGACAAAUCUGGAAGUGUGAAGCAUCACUGGAUAGAGAUUUACUCCUUUGUGGAGCAGUUGGCAGAGAAGUUUAUCAGCCCCAUGUUGCGAAUGUCCUUCAUUGUCUUCUCUACCCAAGGAAAGAUCGUCAUGAAACUGACUGAAAACAGGGAUGCCAUAAAUGAAGGCUUAAGAGCUCUGAAAAAAGUUGUCCCUGGAGGAGACACAUUCAUGAACUUAGGCCUGGAGAUGGCUAAUAUGCAGAUAUAUCACGAGAAGUACGGGACAGCCAGCGUCAUCAUCGCUCUGACCGACGGAGAACUUAACGAGUGGCAGUUUGACACAGCUCGGCGAGAGGCACAGAGGGCCAGGUCUAUGGGAGCAAUUGUCUACUGUGUAGGGGUCAAAGAAUUCAACCAGACCCAGCUUGCAACUAUUGCAGACACUGUGGAACAUGUGUUUCCUGUAUGGGGAGGUUUCCAAGCUCUCCGGGGAAUCAUUGACUCGAUCAUCAAGAAGUCGUGCAUUGAGAUUCUAGCCGCGGAGCCGUCCAGUGUGUGCGCAGGAGAGAGUUUCCAGGUGGUGGUGAAAGGCAAUGGGUUCCUCCAUGCCAGAAACAUUGACCAAGUCCUCUGCAGCUUCAAACUGAAUGAUACACACUCUGUGGAUGAGAGACCAGCUGGAAUAGAAGAUACCUUCCUGCUUUGUCCUGCUCCAGUCGUAGAGGAGGUUGGGAGGGUGAUCUACCUGCAGGUGAGCAUGAAUGAGGGCCUCUCCUACAUCACCAGCUCUGUUCACAUCACUACUACUGAAUGCUUCGACGGCACCAUCGUGCUCAUAUCGUUGCUCGUGGUGUUCCUCCUGCUGGCUCUGCUGCUGAUGUGGUGGUUUUGGCCUCUCUGCUGCACCGUGGUGAUCAAAGAACCUCCACCUCCUCCUCCUCCUGAACCAGAGUCAGAUGAUGAUGAUGGGAUGCCCAAGAAGAGAUGGCCCACAGUGGAUGCAUCCUACUAUGGAGGAAGAGGAGUGGGUGGCAUCAAGCGCAUGGAGGUGCGAUGGGGGGAGAAAGGGUCAACUGAGGAAGGUGCCAAGCUGGACAAACCCAAAAAUGCAGUUGUAAAGAUGCCAGAGCAGGAAUUUGAACCAUAUGAGCCUAAGCCUCGAAAACCACCCCGCCGGCCCCCGCAGCAGAGGAGAUGGUACACACCCAUCAAGGGGAAGCUAGAUGCUCUGUGGGCUCUGUUCAGGAGAGGUUAUGACCAGGUAUCUCUGAUGAGACCACAUCCUGGAGACCAGGGUCGCUGUAUUAAUUUCCAAAGGGUCAAACACGGAGAGUCCAGCGCAAACAAUCGGGCUCCUCCUCGCACCCAUCACUCUCCUCCUUCUCCUUCUCCUUCUCCUCCCCCUCCACCUGCCGAACAGCGACCUCUGGUCUCUAAUUCUGUCCCCCGUACGAAGCCUCCGUCAAGAGGACCCCGCACCACACCACCCUCCCACAUGCCCCCUCCUGUGGUCCAAGCCCCUCCAGGUCCACCCCCAGCUCGCGCACCCCCUGGGCUUAGAGGACCCCCGCCAUCUCGACCUCCACCGAGACUCUGAUGAUGAACAGAGGGCCUCCAGUAAACAAGCGAUACAGCAACUUGUUCCAUAAAAAAACCCAUGUCCUUCUUUCACCCCAAAGACUGAGACAGCAGAGAGGCGUAAAAUCUUAGAGCAUCUGACUUGAAGCUCUGUGCUUUGUUGCUGGACAGCAAAAAAAUAUUUAUCUGAUUUCAAAUCAGCUACCGCGUUUCAUCAGAGAUAACACUUUUUAUACAAAACGCAGAAACAUAGGAAAGACAAGCAUGUAGUUACUUGAUUUAAGCCUGUAUGUGCAGUGUUGGUGUCAUGAGUAAGUGUGAUCCUUUCUGGAAAUUCAUCGAAAAGGAUUUAUGUGUUGUUGAAAGUUGUGAAAGUUAGAUUGUGACAGUUUGCGUCGCUAAAUAGAUCUGAUUAGUUUGGGUUGGUAGAGGCUAAUAAUGCAGAGCGAGGACGUGGUAAAAAAGUAUGGCGAAAGAUAACGAUGUUGGCUUUGGUUUUUAAGCGUACAUUAUCUUAGGAUGCUACAAAUCAGACUGAGUGAUCAUUUUACCUUUUCAACCAAAUAAACUGUUUCUACAUCCUACCUAAAAUUUAGUAUAAAUUCAGCGAUCUUAUUGCAACUGCAGGGCAGUUUCUCCAUACUUUAUUUAUUAUAAUACAAGCCCUGUCUGAAUCUGUUUUCUAUUUAGCAUCAGGGAGGAGUUGGAGAUCAAGGUGGAAAUAAGGAAGCAUUCUGGAACGAAGUCUAAUGUAUUUGUGGUUUUAUGACCACCUUGAAGUGAGAGAUUGCAUUGAAAGUUUGUAUCUUCAGGGUUCUCCUGUAUACUGUAUUUACUGACUGAAAUGAUCAUUUGCAUUAUUUCUUUAUUAACAACCUUUUGUGUCUGUCUUCAAUAAACAAAAUGGGUUUUUUUAUUUA